UGUCUCCUUCGGUUGGAGAUGAGCACGAAGGAGCUGAACUCGGCAACGAUGACAACAACGAUGUCGACGGCCGCGACACUUGCGUCCUCGCCGAUCCUCGAUGUUGACGUUGACGUCGAUGUCGACGUGGAUGUCGACGUAGACAUCGAUGUCGACGUCGAGCCGGAGGACGACGAAGAGCCACCUACCAGGAUCAACACGGCGGAUAUAGACUUGGUGAACGGACCGAAUCCGUGGCUUCCUGCCUACGGGUUCCAACUGCAGCAUCGUUCCCAUUUUCAACCGACGCACGAGGAUCUACGGACUAAUGACACGGUGUUAGUGCAGCAAGUGGAUUUUCUAGAGACAAUUUUAGAAGAGACAUCGGACGAUCUGCAAAGUGAUUCCGAUCGAAGUGGAACCACUUACUGGGUCGGCUCGGACUCUGAAACCGAAAGCGUAAUACACAUACGGGCGAAGCAGAGAUCACUGGACGAGAGGCUGGAUGGCAGCGGAAGCGAUUGCAAUUCCGUCGUGCCGAAGAAGAGACGUCGCAAGCACAAUGGUACCAGCGAUCGAGAUCAUCAGGUGACGUUCGACGACUAUCCGGUAUCUCCUACGUCUUCUAGAUCAACCGCCUCCUCGAGAUCCAGCUCGUUACUGCAGUUCGAAUCGUUGGAAAGGACCUGUGCCACUCUCUCACCUUCCAGCUACAGUUUCGACUCGUUGGAGUAUCCUAAUCGAUCGAACGCCUCUCAUCUGGAGAACACAUCGCCGGACAGCCUCGAGCAAGAUUACGAGAAAAUUCUACCGAACGGUUUCGGAAACGCGGUCGAUCAUUUCUCAAGGAUCAGACCUUAUCGUAGCUUCGAGAGCCUGGACACUUGUCAGAAGGAGGAAGAGUUGGGCCAUGUUGGCCUCACUAACGGAUUCGCACCUUUGUACCUGAAACGAAACACGGAGCAGCUAUCGAGAGCGAGAAGCAACGGCCACCAUUAUCGUCCAAGAGAUUUUUGGCACGACGACGAAGAGUACGAAGACGAGGAGGACGAGGAUGAUCUCGAGCAAGAGGAUCGUACGGCGAACGAGCAUCAGGCUAGUACAGAGCUCGAGGAUAGAUUGAUGGUAUUCGGUGACUCCGCGUGCAACUAUGCCACCUCGUUGGACUACCGGAACACGAUUGACCUGCGAGAAAUCGGCGUGGAGUCGAAGAGGGACACGUUGUUGGACCUGAAGUCUGGCCAGGCGGCCGUGUCGAGUUCGUUUCGUCUGCUGCAGACCAGGUUAAAUAUAGCCGGCACUAUGGCGCACGGUCGCAACAACAUGGUCGCCGAUCAUCAUCAUCAUCAUCAUUACCACCAUCAUCAGCCGCAGCAGCAGCUCCACGGAUACGAAGAGCACGAGCUGGCGCGGCAGCACCAGCGUCAAGGGUGGAGCAAGGAGGAGUGCUUUAAUUUUAGAUUCACGGAUAAAUCUCAAAGCACGCCCAGUCUGCCUAGCAGCAUUACCGAGUCCACACACGGUCCACGCUCGUUGCUCGCGUACACGUCUUCGUCGAGGACCACCUCGUUCGUGUCCACGUCCAAUCUGUUCGAGAAUUACACGAGGGUAGCCAGCGUGCCAGUAGAUUUGAAUCUCUGCGGUGUCCAAGUGACGCACGAUGAUACGAGCCGCUCGCAACUGAGCCUGCACGAGUAUCAUCACGAAAUGGCGGAAGUCACGGGUGUACUGGAGAAGAAACGGUUGGAGAUCGCGGAGGAGAAGCGACAGAACGGCGGCGAGAGCGACAGACAGACGAAGACCUCUUUGACCAGCUCGGUGAGAACGCAACCCUCGCAGAACGCGAUGGUGGACGGUAAGAUGGACCGGGAGAAACUGGAAGAGGGGCAGAAGGAGGGCGAGGAUUGCGUAGGAGAGCACUGCACGAAGCCGCGAGAGAAGAAACAGGUCACGUCGACUGUGAAGACGCAGGAUCGCGGUAACUGCAUGCUCGACAUGGCGAUCGCCAUGGAGAACGACAUAGACAGUAUGGUGGACGAGGCUAUUAAACAGUUCAAACGCGAAGUCGAGGAAGCUACUUCGAACAACGCGACAUUAUCCGCCGUCGACGGUGUACAAAGAACGCCUUCUGGGAAGCUGAGAACGCGGAAAGUGAAGAACAACGCGAGCUACGAGCUCGCCCAGCAGUUCGAGAUCGACGAGAGAAACUUACGUUCGAGUAGAUUCCGCAAGGAGAUCGUCAACGACGCUGAGAAAUCGCCGAAAAGCGCGUCCGGUGGACGUAAACGAGUGUUGAACAACGCCAGUUACGAGUUGGCCCAGCAGUACGAUUACAUCAAAGCUCUGCAAUCCUGCAGAGGCGCUUUCCAGAGGAUGGACGCGUGCGACGAGCUGGUAGAGCCUCUUUCGGAGCGAUCCUCGCGACUCAGAGUGUGCGACAUAGUGCAACAAAUGAGCAGUAGCUCGACGUCGAAUAUCAGCAGCUUCUGCCAGAACGAACCGUACGUGGAUAUAAAAAGGUAUUCGAAAUCCAUGGAGAACCUUGCGACGCAAUUCUCGAAGGGUCCGUUCAUCAGGACUCCGAUCAGCCAGCUAGACCAACGGCUGAAGAAACAACCACAAGACGAGACGCUAUUGAGCUUGAUAAAAAAAAACUCGGAUCGAUUUUCAGCCUAUGGAGACGAUCGUAGUACCCAUGCCUUAGUAGACGACGAGAUAGAUUAUCCCUGCUUGGAAACCAAACCCAUAGGAACUUCCAGCCUGGAGGGGGGCGUAUCGCGCGAAGAAACAAACGCGCAGAAACCUCAGGAAUCAUCCCCAGUACACGAAAACGUCACUUCAAACGCAUUAGAUCAGACCACGACAUCGUCGGGCAAAAUUCUGUCCGGCACCAUUGAAGACGCAGCGAAGAAAUCGUACAUGAGUGAUUUCUAUCCGGAGAAUAUCGUACGGUUGCAGUACCAAGAGGACCAAUCUUCGGAUCACCGUGAAACGGAGGAUCGCGUGAUCGACGACGAACUGGAGGACGACGGAGGAAGUGGCGGGAAAAACGAAAGUCCUUCGUCGUCGGCUCUGUUAUCGUGCAACAGUGGUAAUAGGAACGCCGGAGAACUGUUAUGGAGGGUCAUAGUGGAAAAGCAGGCCGCGGAGAAGGAGGAGGCUUCCGUGGAGAAGGUUACGAAGUCGAAGGAGGAGGAGGAGGUGGAGGAGGAGAGAGAGAAAGAGGAAAAAGAAAAGGAGGAGGCAGCGGAAGCAGCGAGGGGACACACUGUCCACGGUGUUCCUUCCCCACCACUCAGCGGUAGCAGCAAUAGCGACGGCCUGGAACUCGGUGAACGGAGUGGGAAUCCAGCGGUGGCCGUGGCAGUUGAUACGAAUCAUCGCGGUGAUCGCGACAAACGUCACGAGGAGAACGCGGCGGUAACAACUGCGCCUGUUAGGGUAGACGACGACGAGCACGACCGCCACGCGACCAUGUCGGUCACAACGACCACGACGAAAUCACGGGUGUUCGUCGCGUCGCCCGCAGCGAAAAAGGAGCCGUCUACGGCGGCUAGAUUUCAACGAAACAUGCUGGUUGACUCGCUACAGAGAUUCUCGAGACUUCGGUUCAGUGGUAGAUCGAAAGUGCCGCGUUCGGAGGUGCAGAAAAAGGGUGAUACGCUGAUCGGCCAAGUGAAUCGCGCGAAGGUGACGACCGAGGAACACGCUAAAAAGGAACCGGACUAUAUCAUCAUUCCGUUGCAUCCUCCCAAGGAGGAGAAGCAUAAGGAAGAGCUGAAUGUGACUGUCGAGAGCAGAACGGAUACUGGCAACGACAGAACUGUCCACGAAGUACAACGAAGUUCCUCCAGUAUUAGGUGA